AUGGACGGUUCGGGUACAUCUAGCAUCCGGCACCGACGCCACGGCUGCCAGUCGCAGUUUCGUAGCAGAACGGAAAUGAAGCAAACGUGGUACCUGCUCUUUGUGACGGGCUUCGUCCUGCUGGCAGCACUAGAGUUGACGUUCGGUGAACCAAUUAGAAGCCAUCACCACCACCACCAUGGGCACCAUCAUAAGGAACAUCACAAGAAUAAGCACCACAGUCACCAUCAUGGUGAAGUGUACGGGUUCGAUGAUCCGUUCGAGGCGAAUGGCCGCUGGUUACAGGGCGAAGAUCCGAUGUGUAACUGUGAAGUGAUCGGGAUGAAGUUGAAGAAACUGCGCGAGAAGGUGCUCGUGGUGAUUGGUUCGUUCGAUAAGCUGCUCAAGGCGCUGGUUGAUCUGCGGAAUACCAAAAACCUUCUGCGCAACGUGGACCUGAGCUUGACGACGCUGGGCGGUUUGCUGGCCAACAGUGAGAGCCAGCUGGCCAUGCUCGAGGGCUACACUACGGCGAUCUCGAAGGGGCUAAGUGAAGCGAAGGCCUUGUCGGUGCAGAAGCUCACCAAGGAGUACUUGAUCGAUGGGCUGGGGUCGCUCAAGUCGCAGCCUGACUUACCACCGCUGGAGGAGCUGGACGAGAUCACGUACAGUUCGUGCCAGGAUCGUCGAAUUGUAAAGACGGGCGUGUACAAGGUGUCGAUGAACGUGACGAAGUCGAUGUACGUGCUGUGCAGUCUCGACUUUGGCCAGAACGCCUGGACUGUCAUCCAGAACCGGUACGAGGGAAGGGAGAAUUUCUUCCGGCCGUGGAACCACUACAAGCAUGGGUUCGGUUACUUCGGGUACGGUGAGUACUGGCUGGGGCUGGAGAACAUCUACCAGAUGAUGUUGCACCGUGAGUGCGAGCUGUUGAUACUGCUCGAGGACUUUGAGGGGAAGUUCGUGUACGCCAAGUAUAAGUACUUCCGUAUUGAGGGCGAGAAGGACAACUACAAGAUCUCGAAGCUGCACGGUUACGUCGGAACAGCAGGCAACUCGCUGCACAGUGCCGACGGUAUGGGUUUCUCGACCUUCAAUCGGGACAAUGAUCGAUCGCAUGAGCUGAACUGUGCCAAGGAGAGCCACGGUGGUUGGUGGUACAAGGAUUGUGGUGAUAGCAAUCUGAACGGAGCCUACCGGAAAGAGUACUCGCACGAUAAGAUGGGAAUGUACUGGGAGGAGUUCCGGGGACACUACUACAGCCUGAAGCGAACCCGGAUCAUGGUGCGCUUCCGGAAGGAUCACCAUCAUCAUCACCAUCACAAGAGUCAUCACUACCACCAUCACAGUUACCACCGAAUCGAGGGCGCGCCAUCAUCCGACGAGGACACGUCGUACGAACAGGAGUACUACGCAGCGUACGAUGGUUCCGGCACCACGGACACGGACACGGACGACACGGAACCGAUCAACACCGAUCCGGUGCCUCCGUUUACGUCAUUCGAAUAA